AUGUCACUGGAUGUCGAUGCGAUCAUCGAGAAACUCUUGGAGGUGCGGGGCACCAAACCCGGAAAGCAAGUUCAGCUAGAGGAGAACGAUGUUAAGAAUCUUGCCCUUAAAAGUCGCGAGAUCCUCUUAGCACAGCCCCCCCUUCUCGAACUAGAGGCCCCUGUGAAAAUAUGCGGGGAUAUUCACGGGCAGUACUAUGACCUCAUCCGUCUUUUUGAGAGUGGUGGCUUUCCACCCACGGCGAAUUAUCUUUUCCUCGGGGACUACGUCGAUCGCGGCAAGCAAGGCUUGGAGACGAUUUGCCUAGUUCUGGCGUUUAAGGUGAAGUUCCCGGAGAACUUUUUCAUCCUGCGUGGGAAUCACGAAUGCGCGAGUAUUAAUCGGAUUUACGGCUUUUUUGACGAGUGCAAGCGGCGGUUUAACAUCCGACUUUGGAAGGCCUUUACCGAUACGUUUAAUUGCCUUCCCGUGGCCUGCAUUAUUGACGACAAGAUCUUCUGCUGCCAUGGCGGGCUGAGCCCGGAGCUGCAGACGAUGGAGCAGAUCAAAAAGAUCGCGCGGCCGUGCGAUGUAGCCGAUACCGGGCUCAUCUGCGAUUUAUUGUGGUCCGACCCCGAGGAAGGCUUGAGUGGUUGGGGCGAAAAUGAUAGAGGGGUGUCGUUUACCUUUGGCCAAGAUAUAGUAGAAAAAUUUUUACGCCGGCAUGACUUCGAUUUGAUCUGCCGUGCUCAUCAGGUCGUGGAGGAUGGCUAUCAGUUUUUUGCAAAGCGCCAGCUCAUUACCAUUUUCUCUGCCCCAAAUUACUGUAAUGAGUUUGAUAACAGUGGAGCCGUAAUGUCUGUGGAUAGUGAACUCAUGUGCUCUUUUCAGAUACUAAAGCCUGCCGUAAAAAAGCCAAAAUUUUAUCAACAAUGA